UGUUCCUGCCGCUGCCAACAUGGCGGCUGAUGCAGAAGAGGGUGAUUAUUUUGUGAGAGAAAUUGAGAAAAACGACGGCUUUUCCCUAAAAGUGAAGCAGUGCUACUUGGGAGAUGUUGGCUGUGUUGUUUGGGAUGCAGCUAUUGUCCUGGCAAAAUAUUUAGAGACGAAGCAGUUUUAUGAUCCGUCCUCAGGAGUGAACGUGUGGGCUGGGAGGACUGUGGUGGAGUUAGGAGCUGGGACAGGAGUUGUUGGGCUGAUGGCAGCAACACUGGGAGCUGACGUCACUGUGACAGACCUGGAGGAUUUGCAGACCCUCCUGAGGUUGAACAUCCAGGAAAACCAGGCACUAAUCAAAAGUGGAUCAGUUACUGCCAAGGUACUGAAAUGGGGUGAAGAUGUGUCUGACUUCCGACCUCCCCCACAUUAUGUCCUUAUGGCUGAUUGCAUCUAUUAUGAGCAGUCUAUUGUUCCUCUGGUGGACAGCUUGAAGCUGCUCUCGGGGCCAGAAACCUGCAUUAUUUGCUGCUAUGAGCAACGCACAGAAGGAGUCAACCCAAAAGUGGAGAAAAAGUUUUUUGAGUUGCUGCAAAGAAACUUCAACUGUGAGGAGAUCCCUUCAGAAAAGCAAGACCCAGAGUUUAGUAGUCCAGACAUCCACAUCCUGCACAUCCGGAGAAAAGCCUGAGUUUGUGUCUACAGUAAUCAGUAUUGUACCCUAAUACCCUAUGGAAAUCAGACUUCAAUUUGUACCUGUUUUAUAUUUAAUGUAUCUUCAUUUCUGCACUCGCUUUAACAUUUUUUUAAGGAAAUAUAUGUUUUGGAUAUAUCACUAAAGAAUGUGCUUGAUGAUUGGAGAACACUUUUUUUUUUUCAAAGCGAAACCAUUCCACUUCAAAACACAUGAAGAUAAUAUCAGGAGUUUCAUAUGUGUGUUUCAUUGUAGGGCUGUGAAGGUAGAUGGCAGACAUGGGCAAGCAGAGACAUGAAAGACUAUGCAGCCUAUCCUUAAUAUAAAAUGAGUUGUUUAAGCUAGACUAGAUCACAAAUUGACCACAAUUAAACCAUGGUUUCUUGGUGAUUGUUUGGAUUUUUGUCUCGCUAAUCUUGUAAAUGUAAAAGACAGUGAAAGUUUGAGUUUAAAGCUCAGUAAACUGCAGCAAAAUAAAAAAUCAUUAGACUUGCUGUGA